AUGACCCCGCCCCAUUCUCCCGCUUUCCAUCACCCCGCCCCAUUCUCCCGCUUUCCAACACCCCGCCUCAUUCUCCCACUUUCCAUCACCCCGCCCCAUUCUCACUCUUUCCAUCACCCCUCCCCAUUCUCCCUCUUUCCAUCACCCCGCCCCAUUCUCCUGCUUUCUAUCACCCCGCCCCAUUCUCCCUCUUUCCAUCACCCCGCCCCAUUCUCCCGCUUUCCAUCACCCCGCCCCAUUCUCCCGAUUUCCAUCACCCCGCCCCAUUCUCCCGCUUUCCAUCACCUCGCCCCAUUCUCCCGCUUUCCAUCACCCCGCCCCAUUCUCCUGCUUUCCAUCACCCCGCCCCAUUCUCCCGCUUUCCAUGACCACGCCCCAUUCUCCCGCUUUCCAUCACCCCGCCCCAUUCUCCGUCUGUCCAUCACCCCGCCCCAUUCUCCCACUUUCCAUCACCCCGCCCCAUUUUCCCUCUUUCCAUCACCCCGCCCCAUUCUCCCGCUUUCCAUCACCCCGCCCCAUUUUCCCUCUUUCACUCACCCUCGCCCCAUUCUCCCGCUUUCCAUCACCCCGCCCCAUUCUCCCGCUUUCCAUCACCCCGCCCCAUUUUCCCUCUUUCCAUCACCCCGCCCCAUUCUCGCGCCUUCCAUCACCCCGCCCCAUUCUCCCUCUUUCCAUCACCCCGCCCCAUUCUCCCGCUUUCCAUCACCCCGCCCAAUUCUCCCGCUUCCCAUCACCCCGCCCCAUUCUCCCGCCUUCCAUCACCCCGCCCCUUUCUCCCUCUUUCCAACAAACCGCCCCAUUCUCCCGCUGUCCAUCACCCCGCCCCAUUCUCCCGCUUUCCAUCACCCCGCCCCAUUCUCCCGCUUUCCAUCACCCCACCCCAUUCUCCCGCUUUCCAUCACCCCGCCCCAUUCUCCCGUUCUCUCGCUUUCCAUCACCCCGCCCCAUUCUCCCGCUUUCCAUCACCCCGCCCGCUCCAUUCCCUCGCUUUCCAUCACCCCGCCCAAUUCUCCCUCUUUCCAUCACCCCGCCCCAUUCUCCCGCUUUCCAUCAUCCCGUCGCAUUCUCCCUCUUUCCAUCACCCCGCCCCAUUCUUCCUCUUUCCAUCUCCCCGCCCCAUUCUCCCUCUUUCCAUCAUCCCGCCCCAUUCUCCCGCUUUCAAUCACCCCGCCCCAUUCUCCCACUUUCCAUCACCCCGCCCCAUUCUCCAUCUUUACAUCACCCCGCCCCACUCUCCCGCCUUCCAUCACCCCGCCCCAUUCUCCAUUUUUCCAUCACCCUGCCCGAUUCUCCUGCCUUCCAUCACCCCACCCCAUUCUCUCAUCUUCCAUCACCCCGCCCCAUUCUCCCUCUUUCCAUCACCCUGCCCCAUUCUCCCUCUUUCCAUCACCCCGCCCCAUUCUCCCUCUUUCCAUCACCCCGCCCAAUUCUCCCGCUUUCCUUCACCCCGCGCCAUUUAACCUCUUUCCAUCACCCGCCCCAUUCUCCCGCUUUCCAUCACCCGGCUCCAUUGUCCCGCUUUCCAUCACCCCGCCCAUUUCUCCCUCUUUCUAUCACCCCUUCCCAUUCUCCCUCUUUCCAUCACCUUGCCCCAUUCUCCUGCUUUCCAUCACCCCGCCCCAUUCUCCCUCUUUCCAUCACCCCGCCCCAUUCUCCCUCUUUCCAUUACCCCGCCCCAUUCUCCUGCUUUCCAUCACCCCGCCCCAUUCUCCCUCUUUCCAUCACCCCGCCCCAUUCUCCAGCUUUCCAUCACCUCGCUCCAUUCUCCCGCUUUCCAUCACCGCGCCCAAUUCUCCCGCUUUCCAUCACCCCUCUCCAUUCUCCCUCUUUCCAUCCCCCCGCCCCAUUCUCCUUCUUUCCAUCAACCCGUCCCAUUCUCCCUCUUUCCGUCACCCCACCCCGUUCUCCCUGUUUCCAUCACCUCGCCCCAUUCUCCCUCUUUCCAUCACCCCGCCCCAUUCUUCCUGUUUCCAUCACCUCGCCCCAUUCUCUCGCUUUCCAUCACCCCUCCCUAUGCUCCCUCUUUCCAUCACCCCGCCCCAUUCUCCCGCUUUCCAUCACCCCGCCCCAUUCUCCUUCUUUCCAUCACCCCGCCCCAUUCUCCAGCUUUUUAUCACUCGCCCCAUUCUCCCGAUUUCCAUCACCCCAGCCCAUUCUCCCUCUUUCCAUCACCCCGACCCAUUCUCCCACUUUCCAUCACCCCGCCCUGUUCUCCCGCUUUCCAUCACACCGCCCCAUUCUCCCUCUUUCCAUCACCCCGCCCCAUUCUCCCGCUUUCCAUCACCCCGCCCCAUUCUCCCGCUUUCCAUCACCCCGCCCCGUUCUCCCGCUUUCCAUCACCCCGCCUCAUUCUCCCUCUUUCCAUCAACCCGCCCCAUUCUCCCUAUUUCCAUCACCCCGCUCCAUUCUCUCGCUUUCCAUCACCCCGCCCGCUCCAUUCUCCCGCUUUCCAUCACCCCGCCCAAUUCUCCCUCUUUCCAUCACCCCUCUCCAUUCUCCCUCUUUCCAUCACCCCGCCCCAUUCUCCCGCUUUCCAUUACCCCGCCCCAUUCUCCCGUCUUUCAUCACCCCGCCCCAUUCUCCCUCUUUCCAUCACCUCGCCCAAUUCUCCCGCUUUCCAUCACCCCGCCCCAUUGUCCCGCCUUUCAUCACCCCGCCCCAUUCUCCCUCUUUCCAUCAACCCGCCCCAUUCCCCCUCUUUCCAUCACCCCGCCUUAUUCUCCCUCUUUCCAUCACCUCGCUCCAUUCUCCCGAUUUCCAGCACCCCGCCCCAUUCUCCCGCUUUCCAUCACCCCGCCCCAUUCUCCCUCUAUCCAUCACCCCGCCCAAAUCUCCCACUUUCCAUCACCCCGUCCCAUUCUCCUGUUUUCCAUCACCCUGCCCCAUUCUCUCGCUUUCUAUCACCCCGCCUUAUUCUCCCGCUUUCCAUCACCCCGCACCAUUCUCUCGCUUUCCAUCACCCCGCCCCAUUCUCACUAUCUCCAUCACCCCUCCCCAUUCUCCCUCUUUCCAUCACCCCGCCCCAUUCUCAUGCUUUCUAUCACCCCGCCCCAUUCUCCCUCUUUCCAUCACCCCGCCCCAUUCUCCCGCCUUCCAUCACCCCGCCCCAUUCUCCUUCCUUCCAUCACCCUGGCCAAUUCUCCCGCUUUCCAUCACCGCGCCCCAUUCUCCCGCCUUCCAUCACCCCGCCCCAUUCUCCCUCUUUCCAUCACCCCGCCCCAUUCUCCCGCUUUCCAUCACCCCGCCCUAUUCUCCAGCCCCAUUCUCCCUCUUUCCAUCACCCCGCCCCAUUCUCUGGCUUUCCAUCACCCCGCCCCAUUUUCUCUCUUUCCAUCACCCCGCCCCAUUCUCCCGCUUUCCAUCACCCCGCCCCAUUCUCCCGCUUUCCAUCACCCCGCUCCAUUCUCCCGCUUUCCAUCACCCCGCCCCAUUCUCCCUCUUUCCAUCACCCCACCCCAUUCUCCCGAUUUCCAUCUCCCCGCCCCAUUCUCCCACUUUCCAUCACCCCGCCCCAUUCUCCCUCUUUCCAUCACCCCGCCCCAUUCUCCCUCUUUCCAUCACCCCGCCCCAUUCUCCCGCUUUCCAUCACCCCGCCCCAUUCUCCCUCUUUCCAUCACCCCGGCCCAUUCUCCCGCUUUCCAUCACCCCGCCCCAUUCUCCCGCUUUCCAUCACCCCGCCCCAUUCUCCCGCUUUCCAUCACCCCGGCCCAUUCUCCCGCUUUCCAUCACCCCGCCCCAUUCUCCCGCUUUCCAUCACCCCGCCCCAUUCUCCCGCUUUCCAUCACCCCGCCCCAUUCUCCCUCUUUCCAUCACCCCGCCCCAUUCUCCCGCUUUCCAUCACCCCGCCCCAUUCUCCCUCUUUCCAUCACCCCGCCCCAUUCUCCCGCUUUCCAUCACCCCGCCCCAUUCUCCCUCUUUCCAUCACCCCGGCCCAUUCUCCCGCUUUCCAUCACCCCGCCCCAUUCUCCCGCUUUCCAUCACCCCGCCCCAUUCUCCCGCUUUCCAUCACCCCGCCCCAUUCUCCCUCUUUCCAUCACCCCGCCCCAUUUCUCCCGCUUUCCAUCACCCCGCCCCAUUCUCCCUCUUUCCAUCUCCCCGUCCCAUUCUCCCUCUUUCCAUCACCCCGCCCCAUUCUCCCUCUUUCCAUCACCCCGCCCCAUUCUCCCUCUUUCAAUCACCCCGCCCCAUUCUCCCUCUUUCCAUCACCCCGACCCAUUCUCCCGCUUUCCAUCACCCCGCCCCAUUCUCCCUCUUUCCAUCUCCCCGUCCCAUUCUCCCUCUUUCCAUCACCCCGCCCCAUUCUCCCUCUUUCCAUCACCCCGCCCCAUUCUCCAGCUUUCCGACACCCCGCCCCAUUCUCCCUCUUUCCAUCACCCCGCCCCAUUCUCCCGCUUUCCAUCACCCCGACCCAUUCUCCCGCUUGCCAUCACCCCGCCCCAUUCUCCCGCUUUCCAUCACCCCGCCCCAUUCUCCCGCUUUCCAUCACCCCGCCCCAUUCUUCCUCUUUUCAUCACCCCGCCCCAUUCUCCCUCUUUCCAUCACCCCGCCCCAUUCUCCCGCUUUCCAUCACCCCGCACCAUUCUCCCUCUUUCCAUCACCCCGCCCCAUUCUCCCGCUUUCCAUCACCCCGCUCCAUUCUCCCGCUUUCCAUCACCCCGCCCCAUUCUCCCGCUUUCCAUCACCCCGCCCCAUUCUCCCUCUUUCCAUCACCCCGCCCCAUUCUCCCGCUUUCCAUCACCCCGCCCCAUUCUCCCUCUUUCCAUCUCCCCGUCCCAUUCUCCCUCUUUCCAUCACCCCGCCCCAUUCUCCCUCUUUCCAUCACCCCGCCCCAUUCUCCCUCUUUCAAUCACCCCGCCCCAUUCUCCCUCUUUCCAUCACCCCGACCCAUUCUCCCGCUUUCCAUCACCCCGCCCCAUUCUCCCUCUUUCCAUCUCCCCGUCCCAUUCUCCCUCUUUCCAUCACCCCGCCCCAUUCUCCCUCUUUCCAUCACCCCGCCCCAUUCUCCAGCUUUCCGACACCCCGCCCCAUUCUCCCUCUUUCCAUCACCCCGCCCCAUUCUCCCGCUUUCCAUCACCCCGCCCCAUUCUCCCGCUUUCCAUCACCCCGCCCCAUUCUCCCGCUUUCCAUCACCCCGCCCCAUUCUCCCGCUUUCCAUCACCCCGCCCCAUUCUUCCUCUUUCCAUCACCCCGCCCCAUUCUCCCUCUUUCCAUCACCCCGCCCCAUUGUCCCGCUUUCCAUCACCCCGCCCCAUUCUCCCUCUUUCCAUCACCCCGCCCCAUUCUCCCGCUUUCCAUCACCCCGCUCCAUUCUCCCGCUUUCCAUCACCCCGCCCCAUUCUCCCUCUUUCCAUCACCCCGCCCCAUUCUCCCGCUUUCCAUCACCCCGCCCCAUUCUCCCUCUUUCCAUCACCCCGCCCCAUUCUCCCGCUUUCCAUCACCCCGCUCCAUUCUCCCGCUUUCCAUCACCCCGCCCCAUUCUCCUGCUUUCCAUCACCCCGCCCCAUUCUCCCUCUUUCCAUCACCCCGACCCAUUCUCCCGCUUUCCAUCACCCCGCCCCAUUCUCCCUCUUUCCAUCUCCCCGUCCCAUUCUCCCUCUUUCCAUCACCCCGCCCCAUUCUCCCGCUUUCCAUCACCCCGCCCCAUUCUCCCUCUUUCCAUCUCCCCGUCCCAUUCUCCCUCUUUCCAUCACCCCGCCCCAUUCUCCCUCUUUCCAUCACCCCGCCCCAUUCUCCAGCUUUCCGUCACCCCGCCCCAUUCUCCCUCUUUCCAUCACCCCGCCCCAUUCUCCCUCUUUCCAUCACCCCGACCCAUUCUCCCGCUUUCCAUCACCCCGCCCCAUUCUCCCGCUUUCCAUCACCCCGCCCCAUUCUCCCUCUUUCCAUCACCCGCCCCAUUCUCCCGCUUUCCAUCACUCUGCCCCAUUCUCCCGCUUUCCAUCACUCCGCCCCAUUCUCCCGCUUUCCAUCACCCAGCUCCAUUGUCCCGCUUUCCAUCACCCCGCCCAAUUCUCCCUCUUUCUAUCACCCCUUCCCAUUCUCCCUCUUUCCAUCACCCCGCCCCAUUCUCCUGCUUUCCAUCACCCCGCCCCAUUCUCCUGUCUUCCAUCACCCCUCCCCAUUAUCCCUUUUUCCAUCACCCCGCCCCAUUCUCCCGCUUUCCAUCACCCCGCCCCAUUCUCCCGCUUUCCAUCACCCCGUCCCAUUCUCCCUCUUUCCAUCACCCCGCCCCAUUCUCCCGCUUUCCAUCACCCCGCCCCAUUCUCCCUCUUUCCAUCUCCCCGUCCCAUUCUCCCUCUUUCCAUCACCCCGCCCCAUUCUCCCUCUUUCCAUCACCCCGCCCCAUUCUCCCUCUUUCAAUCACCCCGCCCCAUUCUCCCUCUUUCCAUCACCCCGACCCAUUCUCCCGCUUUCCAUCACCCCGCCCCAUUCUCCCUCUUUCCAUCUCCCCGUCCCAUUCUCCCUCUUUCCAUCACCCCGCCCCAUUCUCCCUCUUUCCAUCACCCCGCCCCAUUCUCCAGCUUUCCGACACCCCGCCCCAUUCUCCCUCUUUCCAUCACCCCGCCCCAUUCUCCCGCUUUCCAUCACCCCGCCCCAUUCUCCCGCUUUCCAUCACCCCGCCCCAUUCUCCCGCUUUCCAUCACCCCGCCCCAUUCUCCCGCUUUCCAUCACCCCGCCCCAUUCUUCCUCUUUCCAUCACCCCGCCCCAUUCUCCCUCUUUCCAUCACCCCGCCCCAUUGUCCCGCUUUCCAUCACCCCGCCCCAUUCUCCCUCUUUCCAUCACCCCGCCCCAUUCUCCCGCUUUCCAUCACCCCGCUCCAUUCUCCCGCUUUCCAUCACCCCGCCCCAUUCUCCCUCUUUCCAUCACCCCGCCCCAUUCUCCCGCUUUCCAUCACCCCGCCCCAUUCUCCCUCUUUCCAUCACCCCGCCCCAUUCUCCCGCUUUCCAUCACCCCGCUCCAUUCUCCCGCUUUCCAUCACCCCGCCCCAUUCUCCUGCUUUCCAUCACCCCGCCCCAUUCUCCCUCUUUCCAUCACCCCGACCCAUUCUCCCGCUUUCCAUCACCCCGCCCCAUUCUCCCUCUUUCCAUCUCCCCGUCCCAUUCUCCCUCUUUCCAUCACCCCGCCCCAUUCUCCCGCUUUCCAUCACCCCGCCCCAUUCUCCCUCUUUCCAUCUCCCCGUCCCAUUCUCCCUCUUUCCAUCACCCCGCCCCAUUCUCCCUCUUUCCAUCACCCCGCCCCAUUCUCCAGCUUUCCGUCACCCCGCCCCAUUCUCCCUCUUUCCAUCACCCCGCCCCAUUCUCCCUCUUUCCAUCACCCCGACCCAUUCUCCCGCUUUCCAUCACCCCGCCCCAUUCUCCCGCUUUCCAUCACCCCGCCCCAUUCUCCCUCUUUCCAUCACCCGCCCCAUUCUCCCGCUUUCCAUCACUCCGCCCCAUUCUCCCGCUUUCCAUCACUCCGCCCCAUUCUCCCGCUUUCCAUCACCCAGCUCCAUUGUCCCGCUUUCCAUCACCCCGCCCAAUUCUCCCUCUUUCUAUCACCCCUUCCCAUUCUCCCUCUUUCCAUCACCCCGCCCCAUUCUCCUGCUUUCCAUCACCCCGCCCCAUUCUCCUGUCUUCCAUCACCCCUCCCCAUUAUCCCUUUUUCCAUCACCCCGCCCCAUUCUCCCGCUUUCCAUCACCCCGCCCCAUUCUCCCGCUUUCCAUCACCCCGUCCCAUUCUCCCUCUUUCCAUCACCCCGCCCCAUUUUCCCUCUUUCCAUCACCCCGCCCCAUUCUCCAGCUUUCCGUCACCCCGCCCCGUUCUCCCUCUUUCCAUCACCCCACCCCAUUCUCCCUCUUUCCAUCACCCCGACCCAUUCUCCCGCUUUCCACCACCCCGCCCCAUUCUCCCUCUUUCCAUCACCCCGCCCCAUUCUCCCUCUUUCCAUCACCCCGCCCCAUUCUCCCGCUUUCCAUCACCCAGCGCCAUUUAACCUCUUUCCAUCACCCGCCCCAUUCUCCCGCUUUCCAUCACUCCGCCCCAUUCUCCUGAUUUCCAUCACUCCGCCCCAUUCUCCCGCUUUCCAUCACCCGGCUCCAUUGUCCCGCUUUCCAUCACCCCGCCCAAUUCUCCCUCUUUCUAUCACCCCUUCCCAUUCUGCCUCUUUCCAUCACCCCGCCCCAUUCUCCUGCUUUCCAUCACCCCGCCACAUUCUCCCUCUUUCCAUCACCCUGCCCCAUUCUCCCUCUUUCCAUUUCCCCGCCCCAUUCUCCUGCUUUCCAUCACCCCGCCCCAUUCUCCCUCUUUCCAUCACCCCGCCCCAUUCUCCCGCUUUCCAUCACCCCGCUCCAUUCUCCCGCUUUCCAUCACCGCGCCCAAUUCUCCCGCUUUCCAUCACCCCUCUCCAAUCUCCCCUUUCCAUCUCCCCGCCCCAUUCUCCUUCUUUCCAUCAACCCAUCCCAUUCUCCCUCUUUCCGUCACCCAACCCCAUUCUCCCUGUUUCCAUCACCUCGCCCCAUUCUCCCUGUUUCCAUCACCCCGCCCCAUUCUUCCUGUUUCCAUCACGUCGCCCCAUUCUCUCGCUUUCCAUCACCCCUCCCUAUUCUCCCUCUUUCCAUCACCCCGCCCCAUUCUCCCGCUUUCCAUCACCCAUUCCCAUUCUCCCUCUUUCCAUCACCCCGCCCCAUUCUCCCUCUUUCCAUCACCCCGCCCCAUUCUCCCGCCUUCGAUCACCCCGCCCCAUUCUCCCUCUUUCCAUCACCCCGCUCCAUUCUCCCGCUUUCCAUCACCCCGCCCCAUUCUUCCGCUUUCCAUCACCCCGCUCCGUUCUCCCGCUUUCCAUCACCCCGCCCCAUUCUCCCGCUUUCCAUCACCCCGACCCAUUCUCCCUCUUUCCAUCACCCCGCCCCGUUCUCCCGCUUUCCAUCACCACGCCCCAUUCUCCCUCUUUCCAUCACCUCGCCCCAUUCUCCCACUUUCCAUCACCCCGUCCCAUUCUCCCGCUUUCUAUCACCCCGCUCCAUUCUCCCGCUUUCCAUCACCCCGCCAAAUUCUCCCUCUUUCCAUCAUCCCUCCCUUCUCCCUCUUUCCAUCACCCUGCCCCAUUCUCCCGCUUUCCAUCACCCCGCCCCAUUCUCCCGCUUUCCAUCACCCCGCCCCAUUCUCCCGCUUUCCAUCACCCCGCCCCAUUCUCUCGCAUUCCAUCACCCCGCCCAAUUCUCCCUCUUUCCAUCACCCCGCCCCGUUCUCCCGCUUUCCAUCACCCCGCCCCGUUCUCCCGCUUUCCAUCACCCUGCCCCAUUCUCCCUCUUUCCAUCACCCCGCCCUGUUCUCCCGCUUUCCAUCACCCCGCCCGGUUCUCCCGCUUUCCAUCACCCCGCCCCAUUCUCCCCCUUUCCAUCACCCCGCCCCAUUCUCCCCCUUUCCAUCACCCGCCCCAUUCUCCCUCUUUCUAUCAGCCCGCCCCAUUCUCCCUCUUUCCAUCACCCCGCCCCAUUCUCCUGCUUUCCAUCACCCCGCCCCAUUCUCCCGCUUUCCAUCACCCCGCCCCAUUCUCCCUCUUUCCAUCACCCCGCCCCAUUCUCCCUCUUUCCAUCACCCUGCCCCAUUCUCCCUCUAUCCAUCACCCCGCCCAACUCUCCCGCUUUCCAUCACCCCGUCCCAUUCUCCCGCUUUCCAUCACCCCGCCCCAUUCUUUUGCUUUCCAUCACCCCACCCCAUCCUCCCUCUUUCCAUCACCCCGCCCCAUUCUCCCGAUUUCCAUCACCCCGCCCCGUUCCCCCGCUUUCCAUCACCCCGCCCCAUUCUCCCGCUUUCCUUCAUCCCGCCCCAUUCUCCCGCUUUCCAUCACCCCGCCCCAUUCUCUCUCCUUCCAUCACCCCGCCACAUUCUCCCGCUUUCCAUCACCCCGCCCCAUUCUCCCGCUUUCCAUCACCCCGCCCAAUUCUCCCGCUUUCCAUCACCCCGCCCCAUUCUCCCGCUUUCCAUCACCCUGCCCCAUCCUCCCGCUUUCCAUCACCCCGCCCCAUCCUCCCGCUUUCCAUCACCCCGCCCCAUUCUCCCUCCUUCCAUCACCCCGCCCCAUUCUCCCUCCUUCCAUCACCCCGCCCCAUUCUCCCACUUUCCAUCACCCCGCCCCAUUCUCCCGCUUUCCAUCACCCCGCCCCAUUCUCCCGCUUUCUAUCACUUCGCCCCAUUCUCCUGCUUUCCAUCACCCCGCCCCUUUCUUCCGCUUUCCAUCACCCCGCCCCCUUCUCCCGCUUUCCAUCACCCCGCCUUAUUCUUCCGCUUUCCAUCACCCCGCCCCAUUCUCCCGUUUUCCAUCACCCCGCCCCAUUCUCCCUCUUUUAAUCACCCGCCCCUUUCUCCCUCUUUCCAUUACCCCACCCCAUUCUCCCUCUUUCCAUCACCCCGCCCCAUUCUCCCGCUUUCCAUCACCCCGCCCCAUUCUCCCGCUUUCCAUCACCCCGCCCCAUUCUCCUGCUUUCCAUCACCCCGCCCCACUCUCCCGCUUUCCAUCACCCCGCCCCAUUCUCCUGCUUUCCAUCACCCCGCCCCAUUCUCCUGCUUUCCAUCACCCCACCCAAUUCUCCCGCUUUCCAUCACCCCACCCCAUUCUCCCGCUUUCCAUCACCCUGCCCCAUUCUCCCGCUUUCCAUCACCCCGACCCAUUCUCCCUCUUUUCAUCACCCUGCCCCAUUCUCCCUCUUUCCAUCACCCAGCCCUAUUCUCCCUCUUUCCAUCAUCCCGCCCCAUUCUCCCGCUUUCCAACACCCUGCCCCAUUCUCCCGCUCCAUCACCCCGCCCCAUUUUUCCGCUUUCCAUCACCCCGCCCCAUUCUCCCGCUUUCCAUCACCCCGCCCCAUUCUUCCGCUUUCCAUCACCCCGCCCCAUUCUUCCGCUUUCCAUCACCCCGCCCCAUUCUCCCUCUUUCCAUCACCUCUCAUGCUUUUCAUCACCCCGCCCCAUUCUCCCUCUUUCCAUCACCCCGCCCUAUUCUCCCUCUUUCCAUCACCCCGCCCCAUUCUCCCGCUUUCCAACACCCCGCCCCAUUCUCCCGCUCCAUCACCCCGCCCCAUUCUUCCGCUUACCAUCACCCCGCCCCAUUCUCCCGCUUUCCAUCACCCCGCCCCAUUCUCCCGCUUUCCAUCACCCCGCCCCAUUCUUCCGCUUUCCAUCACCCCGCCCCAUUAACCCUCUUUCCAUCACCCCGCCCCAUUCUCCCUCUUUCCAUCACCCCUGCCCCAUUCUCCCGCUUUCCAUUACCCCGCCCCAUUCUCCGGCUUUCCAUCACCCCGCCAUAUUCUUCCUCUUUCCAUCACCCCGCCCCAUUCUCCCGCUUUCCAUCACGCCGCCCCAUUCUCAUGCUUUUCAUCACCGCGCCCCAUUCUCCCUCUUUCCAUCACCCCGCCCUAUUCUCCCUCUUUCCAUCACCCCGCCCCAUUCUCCCGCUUUCCAACACCCCGACCCAUUCUCCCGCUCCAUCACCCCGCCCCAUUCUUCCGCUUUCCAUCACCCCGCCCCAUUCUCCCGCUUUCCAUGACCCCGCCCCAUUCUCCCGCUUUCCAUCACCCCGCCCCAUUCUUCCGCUUUCCACCACCCCGCCCCAUAAACCCUCUUUCCAUCACCCCGCCCCAUUCUCCCUCUUUCCAUCACCGUGCCCCAUUCUUCUGCUUUUCAUCACCCCGCCCCAUUCUCCCUCUUUCCAUCACCACGCCCCAUUCUCCCGAUUUCCAUCACCCCACCCCAUUCUCCCUCAUUCCAUUACCCUGACCCAUUCUCCUGCUUUCCAUCACCCCGCCCCAUUCUCCCUUUUUCCAUCACCCCGCCCCAUUCUCCCGCUUUCUAUCACCCCACCCCAUUCUCCCGCUUUCCAUCACCCUGCUCCAUUCUCCCGCUUUCCAUCACCCCGCCCAAUUCUCCCGCUUUCCAUCACCCCUCUCCAUUCUCCCUCUUUCCAUCUCCCCGCCCCAUUCUCCCUCUGUCCCGCUUUCCAUCACCCCGCCCAAUUCUCCCUUUUUCCAUCACCCCUCCCCAUUAUCCCUUUUUCCAUCACCCCGCCCCAUUCUCCCGCUUUCCAUCACCCCGCCCCAUUCUCCCUCUUUCCAUCACCCCGCCCCAUUCUCCCUCUUUCCAUCACCCCACCCCAUUCUCCCGCUUUCCAUCACCUCGACCAAUUCUCCCUCUUUCCAUCACCCCGCCCCAUUCUCCCUCUUUCCAUCACCCUGCCCCAUUCUCCCUCUAUCCAUCACCCCACCCAAUUCUCCCGCUUUCCAUCACCCCCUCCAUUGUCCCGCUUUCCAUCACCCCGCCCAAUUCUCCCUCUUUCUAUCACCCCUUCCCAUUCUCCCUCUUUCCAUCACCCCGCCCCAUUCUCCUGCUUUCCAUCACCCCGCCCCAUUCUCCCGUCUUCCAUCACCCCUCCCCAUUAUCCCUUUUUCCAUCACCCCGCCCCAUUCUCCCGCUUUCCAUCACCCCGCCCCAUUCUCCCGCUUUCCAUCACCCCGUCCCAUUCUCCCUCUUUCCAUCACCCCGCCCCAUUCUCCCUCUUUCCAUCACCCCGCCCCAUUCUCCAGCUUUCCGUCACCCCGCCCCGUUCUCCCUCUUUCCAUCACCCCGCCCCAUUCUUCCGCUUUCCAUCACCCCGCCCCAUUCUCCCGCUUUCCAUCACCCCGCCCCAUUCUCCCUCUUUCCAUCACCCCGCCCCAUUCUCCCUCUUUCCAUCACCCCGCCCCAUUCUCCAGCUUUCCGUCACCCCGCCCCGUUCUCCCUCUUUCCAUCACCCCGCCCCAUUCUUCCGCUUUCCAUCACCCCGCCCCAUUCUCCCGCUUUCCAUCACCCCGCCCCAUUCUCCCUCUUUCCAUCACCCCGCCCCAUUCUCCCUCUUUCCAUCACCCGCCCCAUUCUCCCGCUUUCCAUCACUCCGCCCCAUACUCCCGCUUUCCAUCACCCCGCCCCAUUCUCCAGCUUUCCGUCACCCCGCCCCGUUCUCCCGCUUUCCAUCACCCCGCCCCAUUCUUCCGCUUUCCAUCACCCCGCCCCAUUCUCCCGCUUUCCAUCACCCCGCCCCAUUCUCCCUCUUUCCAUCACCCCGCCCCAUUCUCCCUCUUUCCAUCACCCGCCCCAUUCUCCCGCUUUCCAUCACUCCGCCCCAUUCUCCGGCUUUCCAUCACUCCGCCCCAUACUCCCGCUUUCCAUCACCCAGCUCCAUUGUCCCGCUUUCCAUCACCCCGCCCAAUUCUCCCUCUUUCUAUCACCCCUUCCCAUUCUCCCUCUUUCCAUCACCCCGCCCCAUUCUCCUGCUUUCCAUCACCCCGCCCCAUUCUCCCGUCUUCCAUCACCCCUCCCCAUUAUCCCUUUUUCCAUCACCCCGCCCCAUUCUCCCGCUUUCCAUCACCCCGCCCCAUUCUCCCGCUUUCCAUCACCCCGUCCCAUUCUCCCUCUUUCCAUCACCCCGCCCCAUUCUCCCUCUUUCCAUCACCCCGCCCCAUUCUCCAGCUUUCCGUCACCCCGCCCCGUUCUCCCUCAUUCCAUCACCCCGCCCCAUUCUCCCUCUUUCCAUCACCCCGACCCAUUCUCCCGCUUUCCAUCACCCCGCCCCAUUCUCCCUCUUUCCAUCACCCCGCCCCAUUCUCCCUCGUUCCAUCACCCCGCCCCAUUCUCCCGCUUUCCAUCACCCCGCGCCAUUUAACCUCUUUCCAUCACCCGCCCCAUUCUCCCGCUUUCCAUCACUCCGCCCCAUUCUCCUGAUUUCAAUCACUCCGCCCCAUUCUCCCGCUUUCCAUCACCCGGCUCCAUUGUCCCGCUUUCCAUCACCCCGCCCAAUUCUCCCUCUUUCUAUCACCCCUUCCCAUUCUCCCUCUUUCCAUCACCCCGCCCCAUUCUCCUGCUUUUCAUCACCCCGCCCCAUUCUCCCUCUUUCCAUCACCCUGCCCCAUUCUCCCUCUUUCCAUUUCCCCGCCCCAUUCUCCUGCUUUCCAUCACCCCGCCCCAUUCUGCCUCUUUCCAUCACCCCGCCCCAUUCUCCCGCUUUCCAUCACCCCGCUCCAUUCUCCAGCUUUCCAUCACCGCGCCCAAUUCUCCCGCUUUCCAUCACCCCUCUCCAAUCUCCCCUUUCCAUCUCCCCGCCCCAUUCUCCUUCUUUCCAUCAACCCAUCCCAUUCUCCCUCUUUCCGUCACCCAACCCCAUUCUCCCUGUUUCCAUCACCUCGCCCCAUUCUCCCUGUUUCCAUCACACCUCCCCAUUCUUCGUGUUUCCAUCACCUUGCCCCAUUCUCUCGCUUUCCAUCACCCCUCCCUAUUCUCCCUCUUUCCAUCACCCCGCCCCAUUCUCCCGCUUUCCAUCACCCAUUCCCAUUCUCCCUCUUUCCAUCACCCCGCCCCAUUCUCCCUCUUUCCAUCACCCCGCCCCAUUCUCCGGCCUUCCAUCACCCUGCCCCAUUCUCCCUCUUUCCAUCACCCCGCUCCAUUCUCCCGCUUUCCAUCACCCCGCCCCAUUCUUCCGCUUUCCAUCACCCCGCCCCAUUCUCCCGCUUUCCAUCACCCCGCCCCAUUCUCCCUCUUUCCAUCACCCCGCCCCAUUCUCCCUCUUUCCAUCACCCCGCCCCGUUCUCCCGCUUUCCAUCACCACGCCCCAUUCUCCCUCUUUCCAUCACCUCGCCCCAUUCUCCCACUUUCCAUCACCCCGUCCCAUUCUCCCGCUUUCCAUCACCCCGCUCCAUUCUCCCGCUCUCCAUCACCCCGCCCAAUUCUCCCUCUUUCCAUCACCCCUCCCUAUUCUCCCUCUUUCCAUCACCCUGCCCCAUUCUCCCGCUUUCCAUCACCGCGCCCCAUUCUCCCGCUUUCCAUCACCCCGCCUAAUUCUCCCUCUUUCCAUCACCCCGCCCCGUUCUCCCGCUUUCCAUCACCACGCCCCAUUCUCCCUCUUUCCAUCACCUCGCCCCAUUCUCCCACUUUCCAUCACCCCGUCCCAUUCUCCCGCUUUCCAUCACCCCGCUCCAUUCUCCCGCUCUCCAUCACCCCGCCCCAUUCUCCCGCUUUCCAUCACCACGCCCCAUUCUCCCGCUUUCCAUCACCACGCCCCAUUCUCCCUCUUUCCAUCACCUCGCCCCAUUCUCCCACUUUCCAUCACCCCGUCCCAUUCUCCCGCUUUCCAUCACCCCGCUCCAUUCUCCCGCUCUCCAUCACCCCGCCCCAUUCUCCCGCUUUCCAUCACCACGCCCCAUUCUCCCUCUUUCCAUCACCUCGCCCCAUUCUCCCACUUUCCAUCACCCUGUCCCGUUCUCCCGCUUUCCAUCACCCCGCCCCAUUCUCCCGCUUUCCAUCACCCCACCCCAUUCUCCCUCUUUCCAUCACCCCGCCCCGUUCUCCCGCUUUCCAUCACCACGCCCCAUUCUCCCUCUUUCCAUCACCUCGCCCCAUUCUCCCACUUUCCAUCACCCCGUCCCAUUCUCCCGCUUUCCAUCACCCCGCUCCAUUCUCCCGCUCUCCAUCACCCCGCCCAAUUCUCCCUCUUUCCAUCACCCCUCCCUAUUCUCCCUCUUUCCAUCACCCUGCCCCAUUCUCCCGCUUUCCAUCACCCCGCCCCAUUCUCCCGCUUUCCAUCACCCCGCCCAAUUCUCCCUCUUUCCAUCACCCCGCCCCGUUCUCCCGCUUUCCAUCACCCCGCCCCGUUCUCCCGCUUUCCAUCACCCCGCCCCAUUCUCCCUCUUUCCAUCACCCCGCCCCGUUCUCCGGCUUUCCAUCACCCCGCCCGGUUCUCCCGCUUUCCAUCACCCCGCCCCAUUCUCCCCCUUUCCAUCACCCCGCCCCAUUCUCCCCCUUUCCAUCACCCGCCCCAUUCUCCCUCUUUCUAUCAGCCCGCCCCAUUCUCCCUCUUUCCAUCACCCCGCCCCAUUCUCCUGCUUUCCAUCACCCCGCCCCAUUCUCCCGCUUUCCAUCACCCCGCCCCAUUCUCCCUCUUUCCAUCACCCUGCCCCAUUCUCCCUCUAUCCAUCACCCCGCCCAACUCUCCUGCUUUCCAUCACCCCUCCCCAUUCUCCCGCUUUCCAUCACCCCGCCCCAUUCUUUUGCUUUCCAUCACCCCACCCCAUCCUCCCUCUUUCCAUCACCCCGCCCCAUUCUCCCGAUUUCCAUCACCCCGCCCCGUUCCCCCGCUUUCCAUCACCCCGCCCCAUUCUCCCGCUUUCCUUCAUCCCGCCCCAUUCUCUCGCUUUCCAUCACCCCGCCCCAUUCUCUCUCCUUCCAUCACCCCGCCACAUUCUCCCGCUUUCCAUCACCCCGCCCCAUUCUCCCGCUUUCCAUCACCCCGCCCAAUUCUCCCGCUUUCCAUCACCCCGCCCAAUUCUCCCGCUUUCCAUCACCCCGCCCCAUUCUCCCGCUUUCCAUCACCCCGCCUCAUCCUCCCGCUUUCCAUCACCCCGCCCCAUCCUCCCGCUCUCCAUCACCCCGCCCCAUUCUCCCUCCUUCCAUCACCCCACCCCAUUCUCCCUCCUUCCAUCACCCCGCCCCAUUCUCCUUCCUUCCAUCACCCCGCCCCAUUCUCCCACUUUCCAUCACCCCGCCCCAUUCUCCCGCUUUCCAUCACCCCGCCCCAUUCUCCCGCUUUCCAUCACUUCGCCCCAUUCUCCUGCUUUCCAUCACCCCGCCCCUUUCUUCCGCUUUCCAUCACCCCGCCCCAUUCUCCCGCUUUCCAUCACCCCGCCCCAUUCUCCCGCUUUCCAUCACCCCGCCCCAUUCUCCUGCUUUCCAUCACCCCGCCCCAUUCUCCUGCUUUCCAUCACCCCACCCAAUUCUCCCGCUUUCCAUCACCCCACCCCAUUCUCCCGCUUUCCAUCACCCUGCUCCAUUCUCCCGCUUUCCAUCACCCCGACCCAUUCUCCCUCUUUUCAUCACCCCGACCCAUUCUCCCUCUUUCCAUCACCCCGCCCUAUUCUCCCUCUUUCCAUCACCCCGCCCCAUUCUCCCGCUUUCCAACACCCCGCCCCAUUCUCCCGCUCCAUCACCCCGCCCCAUUCUUCCGCUUUCCAUCACCCCGCCCCAUUCUCCCGCUUUCCAUCACCCCGCCCCAUUCUCCCGCUUUCCAUCACCCCGCCCCAUUCUUCUGCUUUCCAUCACCCCGCCCCAUUCUCCCUCUUUCCAUCACCGUGCCCCAUUCUUCUGCUUUUCAUCACCCCGCCCCAUUCUCCCUCUUUCCAUCACCCCGCCCCAUUCUUCCGCUUUUCAUCACCCCGCCAUAUUCUCCCUCUUUCCAUCACCCUGCCCCAUUGCCCCUCUUUCCAUCAGCCUGCCCCAUUCUCCCGCUUUCCACCACCCUGCCCCAUUCUCCUGCUUUCCAUCACCCUGCCCCAUUCAACCGCUUUCCAUCACCCCGCCCCAUUCUCCCGCUUUCCAUCACCCCGCCAUAUUCUUCCUCUUUCCAUCACCCCGCCCCAUUCUCCCGCUUUCCAUCACGCCGUCCCAUUCUCAUGCUUUUCAUCACCCCGCCCCAUUCUCCCUCUUUCCAUCACCCCGCCCUAUUCUCCCUCUUUCCAUCACCCCGCCCCAUUCUCCCGCUUUCCAACACCCCGCCCCAUUCUCCCGCUCCAUCACCCCGCCCCAUUCUUCCGCUUUCCAUCACCCCGCCCCAUUCUCCCGCUUUCCAUCACCCCGCCCCAUUCUCUCUCCUUCCAUCACCCCGCCCCAUUCUCCCUCUUUUAAUCACCUGCCACUUUCUCCCUCUUUCCAUUACCCCACCCCAUUCUCCCUCUUUCCAUCACCCCGCCCCAUUCUCCCGCUUUCCAUCACCCCGCCCCAUUCUCCCGCUUUCCAUCACCCCGCCCCAUUCUCCCGCUUUCCAUCACCCCGCCCCAUUCUCCUGCUUUCCAUCACCCCGCCCCAUUCUCCCGCUUUCCAUCACCCCGCCCCAUUCUCCUGCUUUCCAUCACCCCGCCCCAUUCUCCUGCUUUCCAUCACCCCACCCAAUUCUCCCGCUUUCCAUCACCCCACCCCAUUCUCCUGCUUUCCAUCACCCUGCUCCAUUCUCCCGCUUUCCAUCACCCCGACCCAUUCUCCCUCUUUUCAUCACCCCGCCCCAUUCUCCCUCUUUCCAUCACCCCGCCCUAUUCUCCCUCUUUCCAUCACCCCGCCCCAUUCUCCCGCUUUCCAACACCCCGCCCCAUUCUCCCGCUCCAUCACCCCGCCCCAUUCUUCCGCUUUCCAUCACCCCGCCCCAUUCUCCCGCUUUCCAUCACCCCGCCCCAUUCUCCCGCUUUCCAUCACCCCGCCCCAUUCUUCUGCUUUCCAUCACCCCGCCCCAUUCUCCCUCUUUCCAUCACCGUGCCCCAUUCUUCUGCUUUUCAUCACCCCGCCCCAUUCUCCCUCUUUCCAUCACCCCGCCCCAUUCUUCCGCUUUUCAUCACCCCGCCAUAUUCUCCCUCUUUCCAUCACCCUGCCCCAUUCCCCCUCUUUCCAUCAGCCUGCCCCAUUCUCCCGCUUUCCACCACCCUGCCCCAUUCUCCUGCUUUCCAUCACCCUGCCCCAUUCUCCCGCUUUCCAUCACCCCGCCCCAUUCUCCCGCUUUCCAUCACCCCGCCAUAUUCUUCCUCUUUCCAUCACCCCGCCCCAUUCUCCCGCUUUCCAUCACGCCGUCCCAUUCUCAUGCUUUUCAUCACCCCGCCCCAUUCUCCCUCUUUCCAUCACCCCGCCCUAUUCUCCCUCUUUCCAUCACCCCGCCCCAUUCUCCCGCUUUCCAACACCCCGCCCCAUUCUCCCGCUCCAUCACCCCGCCCCAUUCUUCCGCUUUCCAUCACCCCGCCCCAUUCUCCCGCUUUCCAUCACCCCGCCCCAUUCUCCCGCUUUCCAUCACCCCGCCCAAUUCUUCCGCUUUCCAUCACCCCGCCCCAUUCUCCCGCUUUCCAUCACCCCGUCAUAUUCUUCCUCUUUCCAUCACCCCGCCCCAUUCUCCCGCUUUCCAUCACGCCGCCCCAUUCUCAUGCUUUUCAUCACCCCGCCCCAUUCUCCCUCUUUCCAUCACCCCGCCCUAUUCUCCCUCUUUCCAUCACCCUGCCCCAUUCUCCCGCUUUCCAACACCCCGCCCCAUUCUCCCGCUCCAUCACCCCGCCCCAUUCUUCCGCUUUCCAUCACCCCGCCCCAUUCUCCCGCUUUCCAUCACCCCGCCCUAUUCUCCCGCUUUCCAUCACCCCGCCCCAUUCUUCCGCUUUCCACCACCCCGCCCCAUAAACACUCUUUCCAUCACCCCGCCCCAUUCUCCCUCUUUCCAUCACCGUGCCCCAUUCUUUUGCUUUUCAUCACCCCGCCCCAUUCUCCCUCUUUCCAUCACCCCGCCCCAUUCUUCCGCUUUUCAUCAACCCGCCAUAUUCUCCCUCUUUCCAUCACCCUGCCCCAUUCCCCCUCUUUCCAUCAGCCUGCCCCAUUCUCCCGCUUUCCACCACCCUGCCCCAUUCUCCUGCUUUCCAUCACCCCGCUCCAUUCUCCCGCUUUCCAUCACCCCGCCCCAUUCUCCCGCUUUCCAUCACCCCGCCAUAUUCUUCCUCUUUCAAUCACCCUGCCCCAUUCUCCCGUUUUCCAUCACGCCGCCCCAUUCUCGUGCUUUUCAUCACCCCGCCCCAUUCUCCCUCUUUCCAUCACCCCGCCCUAUUCUCCCUCUUUCCAUCACCCCGCCCCAUUCUCCCGCUUUCCAACACCCCGCCCCAUUCUCCCGCUCCAUCACCCCGCCCCAUUCUUCCGCUUUCCAUCACCCCGCCCCAUUCUCCCGCUUUCCAUCACCCCGCCCCAUUCUCCCGCUUUCCAUCACCCCGCCCCAAUCUUCCGCUUUCCAUCACCCCGCCCCAUUAACCCUCUUUCCAUCACCCCGCCCCAUUCUCCCUCUUUCCAUCACCGUGCCCCAUUCUUCUGCUUUUCAUCACCCCGCCCCAUUCUCCCUCUUUCCAUCACCCUGCCCCAUUCUUCCGCUUUUCAUCACCCCGCCUUAUUCUCCCUCUUUCCAUCACCCUGCCCCAUUCCCCCUCUUUCCAUCAGCCUGCCCCAUUCUCCCGCUUUCCAUCACCCCGCCCCAUUCUCCCGCUUUCCAUCACCCCGCCAUAUUCUUCCUCUUUCCAUCACCCCGCCCCAUUCUCCCGCUUUCCAUCACGCCGCCCCAUUCUCAUGCUUUUCAUCACCCCGCCCCAUUCUCCCUCUUUCCAUCACCCCGCCCUAUUCUCCCUCUUUCCAUCACCCCGCCCCAUUCUCCCGCUUUCCAACACCCCGCCCCAUUCUCCCGCUCCAUCACCCCGCCCCAUUCUUCCGCUUUCCAUCACCCCGCCCCAUUCUCCCGCUUUCCAUCACCCCGCCCCAUUCUCCCGCUUUCCAUCACCCCGCCCCAUUCUUCCGCUUUCCAUCACCCCGCCCCAUUAACCCUCUUUCCAUCACCCCGCCCCAUAUUCCCUCUUUCCAUCACCCCUGCCCCAUUCUCCCGCUUCCACCACCCUGCCCCAUUCUCCUGCUUUCCAUCACCCUGCCCCAUUCUCCCACUUUCCAUCACCCCGCCCCAUUCUCCCGCUUUCGAUCACCCCGCCCCAUUCUCCCGCUUCCAUCACCCCGCCCCAUUCUCCCGCUUUCCAUCACCCCGUCCCAUUCUCCCUCUUUUCAUCACCCCGCCCCAUUCUCCCUCUUUCCACCACCCCGCCCCAUUCUCCCGCUUUCCAUCACCCCGGCCCAUUCUCCCUAUUUCCAUCACCCCGCUCCAUUCUCCCACUUUCCAUCACCCCGCCCCAUUCUCCCGCUUUCCGUCACCCCGCCCCAUUCUCCCGCUUUCCAUCACCCCGCCCCAUUCUCUCUCUUUCCAUCACCCCGCCCCAGUCUCCCUCUUUCCAUCACCCCGCCCCAUUCUCCCUAUUUCCAUCACCCUGCCCCAUGCUCCCUCUUUCCAUCACCCCGCCCCAUCCUCCCAAUUUCCAUCAACCCGCCCCAUUCUUCCGCUUUCCAUCACCCCGCCCCAUUCUCCAGCUUACCAUCACCCCGCCCCAUUCUCCCGCUUUCCAUCACCCCGCCCCAUUGUCCAGCUUUCCAUCACCCCGCCCCAUUCUCCCGCUUUCCAUCAACCUGCCCAAUUCUCCCGCUUUCCAUCACCCCGCCCCAUUCUCCCGCUUUCCAUCACCCCGCCCCAUUCUCCCGCUUUCCAUCACCCCGCCCCAUUCUCCCGCUUUCCAUCACCCCGCCCCAUUCUCCCGCUUUCCAUCACCCCGCCCUAUUCUCCCGCUUUCCAUCACCCCGCCCCAUUCUCCCGCUUUCCAUCACCCCGCCCCAUUCUCCUGCUUUCCAUCACCCCGCCCCAUUCUUUUGCUUUCCAUCACCCCACCCCAUUCUCCCGCUUUCCAUCACCCUGCCCCAUUCUCCCGCUUUCCAUCACCCUGCCCCAUUCUCCCGCUUUCCAUCACCCCGACCCAUUCUCCCUCUUUUCAUCACCCCGCCCCAUUCUCCCUCUUUCCAUCACCCCGCCCUAUUCUACCUCUUUCCAUCACCCCGCCCCAUUCUCCCGCUUUCCAACACCCCGCCCCAUUCUCCCGCUCCAUCACCCCGCCCCAUUCUUCCGCUUUCCAUCACCCCGCCCCGUUCUCCCGCUUUCCAUCACCCCGCCCCAUUCUCCCGCUUUCCAUCACCCCGCCCCAUUCUUCCGCUUUCCAUCACCCCGCCCCAUUAACCCUCUUUCCAUCACCCCGCCCCAUUCUCCCUCUUUCCAUCACCCCACCCCAUUCUUCUGCUUUUCAUCACCCUGCCUUAUUCUCCCUCUUCCCAUCACCCUGCCCCAUUCCCCCUCUUUCCAUCAGCCUGCCCCAUUCUCCCGCUUUCCACCACCCUGCCCCAUUCUCCCGCUUUCCAUCACCCUGCCCCAUUCUCCCGCUUUCCAUCACCCCGCCCCAUUCUCCCGCUUUCCAUCACCCCGCCAUAUUCUUCCUCUUUCCAUCACCCCGCCCCAUUCUCCCGCUUUCCAUCACGCCGCCCCAUUCUCAUGCUUUCCAUCACCCCGCCCCAUUCUCCUGCUUUCCAUCACCCCGCCCCGUUCUCCCGCUUUCCAUCACCCCGCCCCGUUCUCCCGCUUCGCAUCACCCUGCCCCAAUCUCCCUCUUUCCAUCACCCUGCCCCAUUCUCCCUCUUUCCAUCACCCCACCCUACUCUCCCUCUUUCCAUCACCCCGCCCCACUCUCCCGCUUUCCAUCACCCCACCCCUUUCUCCCGCGUUCCAUCACCCCGCCCCAUUCUCCCGCUUUCCAUCACCCCGCCCCAUUGUCCCGCUUUCCAUCACCCCGCCCUAUUCUCCCGCUUUCCACCACCCUGCCCCAUUCUCCCGCUUUCCAUCACCCUGCCCCAUUCUCCCGCUUUCCAUCACCCCGCCCCAUUCUCCCGCUUUCCAUCACCCCGCCCCAUACUCCCGCUUUCCAUCAGCCCGCCCCAUUCUCAAGCUUUCCAUCACCCCGCCCCAUUCUCCUGCUUUCCAUCACCCUGCCCCAUUCUCCCGCUUUCCAUCACCCCGCCCCGUUCUCCCGCUUCGCAUCACCCUGCCCCAAUCUCCCGCUUUCCAUCACCCCGCCCCAUACUCCCGCUUUCCAUCAGCCCGCCCCAUUCUCAAGCUUUCCAUCACCCCGCCCCAUUCUCCUGCUUUCCAUCACCCCGCCCCAUUCUCCCGCUUUCCAUCACCCCGCCCCGUUCUCCCGCUUCGCAUCACCCUGCCCCAAUCUCCCUCUUUCCAUCACCCUGCCCCAUUCUCCCUCUUUCCAUCACCCCACCCUACUCUCCCUCUUUCCAUCACCCCGCCCCACUCUCCCGCUUUCCAUCACCCCACCCCUUUCUCCCGCGUUCCAUCACCCCGCCCCAUUCUCCCGCUUUCCAUCACCCCGCCCCAUUGUCCCGCUUUCCAUCACCCCGCCCUAUUCUCCCGCUUUCCACCACCCUGCCCCAUUCUCCCGCUUUCCAUCACCCUGCCCCAUUCUCCCGCUUUCCAUCACCCCGCCCCAUUCUCCCGCUUUCCAUCACCCCGCCCCAUACUCCCGCUUUCCAUCAGCCCGCCCCAUUCUCAAGCUUUCCAUCACCCCGCCCCAUUCUCCUGCUUUCCAUCACCCUGCCCCAUUCUCCCGUUUUCCAUCACCCUGCCCCAUUCUCCCGCUUUUCAUCACCCCGCCCCAUUCUCCCGCUUUCCAUCACCCCGGCCCAUUCUCCCGUUUUCCAUCACCCCGCCCCAUUCUCUUGCUUUCCAUCACCCCGCCCUAUUCUCCCUCUUUCCAUCACCCCGCCCCAUUCUCCCGCUUUCCAUCACCCCGCCCCAUUCUCCCGCUUUCCAUCACCCCGCCCCAUUCUCCCACUUCCAUCACCCCGCCCCAUUCUCCCGCUUUCCAUCACCCCGCCCCAUUCUCCCGCUUUCCAUCACCCCGCCCCAUUCUCCCGCUUUCCAUCACCCCGCCCCUUUCUCCCUCUUUCCAUCACCCCGCCCCAUUCUCCCGCUUUCCAUCACCCCGCCCCAUUCUCCCGCUUUCCAUCACCACGCCCCAUUCUCCCGCUUCCAUCACCCCGCCCCAUUCUCAAGCUUUCCAUCACCCCGUCCCAUUUUCCCUCUUUUCAUCACCCCGCCCCAUUCUCCCUCUUUCCACCACCCCGCCCCAUUCUCCCGCUUUCCAUCAUCCCGGCCCAUUCUCCCUUUUUCCAUCACCCCGCUCCAUUCUCCCACUUUCCAUCACCCGCCCCAUUCUCCCGCUUACCGUCACCCCGCCCCAUUCUCCCGCUUUCCAUCACCCCGCCCCAUUCUCUCUCUUUCCAUCACCCCGCCCCAGUCUCCCUCUUUCCAUCACCCCGCCCCAUUCUCCCUAUUUCCAUCACCCUGCCCCAUGCUCUCUUUCCAUCACCCCGCCCCAUCCUCCCAAUUUCCAUCACCCCGCCCCAUUCUUCCGCUUUCCAUCACCCCGCCCCAUUCUCCAGCUUACCAUCACCCCGCCCCAUUCUCCCACUUUCCAUCACCCCGCCCCAUUCUCCAGCUUUCCAUCACCCCGCCCCAUUCUCCCGCUUUCCAUCAACCUGGCCAAUUCUCUCGCUUUCCAUCACCCCGCCCCAUUCUCCCGCUUUCCAUCACCCCGCCCUAUUCUCCCGCUUUCCAUCACCCCGCCCCAUUCUCCCGCUUUCCAUCCCCCCGCCCCAUUCUCCCGCUUUCCAUCACCCCGCCCCAUUCUUCCGCUUUCCAUCACCCCGCCCCAUUCACCCCGCCCCAUUCUCCCUCUUUCCAUCAACCCGCCCUAUUCUCCCGCUUUUCUUCACCCUGCCCCAUUCUCCCUCUUUCCAUCACCCCACCGCAUUCUUCCGCUUUUCAUCACUCUGCCCCAUUCUCCCUCUUUCCAUCACCCCGCCCCAUUCCCCCUCUUUCCAUCAGCCCGCCCCAUUCUUCCGCUUUUCUUCACCCCGCCCCAUUCUUCCGUUUUUCAUCACCCCGCCCCAUUCUCCCGCUUUCCAUCACCCCGCCCCAUUCUCCCGCUUUCCAUCACCCCGCCCCAUUCUCCCGCUUUCCAUCACCCCGCCCCAUUCUCCCGCUUUCCAUCACCCCGCCCUAUUCUCAAGCUUUCCAUCACCCCGCCCCAUUCUCCCGCUUUCCAUCACCCCGCCCCAUUCUACCGCUUUCCAUCACCCCGCCCCAUUCUCCCGCUUCCAUCACCCCGUCCCUUUCUCCCGCUUUCCAUCACCCCGCCCCAUUCUCCCGCUUUCCAUCACCCCGCCCCAUUCUCCCGCUUUCCAUCACCCCGCCCCUUUCUCCCUCUUUCCAUCACCCCGCCCCAUUCUCCCGCUUUCCAUCACCCCGCCCUAUUCUCCCGUUUUUCAUCACCCCACCCCAUUCUCCCGUUUACCAUCACCCCGCCCCGUUCUCCCGCUUUCCAUCACCCCGCCCCAUUCUCCUGCUUUCCAUCACCCCGCCCUAUUCUCAAGCUUUCCAUCACCCCGCCCCAUUCUCCCGCUUUCCAUCACCCCGCCCCAUUCUCCCGCUUUCCAUCACCCCGCCCCAUUCUCCCGCUUCCAUCACCCCGUCCCUUUCUCCCGCUUUCCAUCACCCCGCCCCAUUCUCCCGCUUUCCAUCACCCCGCCCCAUUCUCCCGCUUUCCAUCACCCCGCCCCUUUCUCCCUCUUUCCAUCACCCCGCCCCAUUCUCCCGCUUUCCAUCACCCCGCCCCAUUCUCCCGCUUUUCAUCACCCCACCCCAUUCUCCCGUUUUCCAUCACCCCGCCCCGUUCUCCCGCUUUCCAUCACCCCGCCCCAUUCUCCCUCUUUUCAUCACCCUGCCCCAUUCUCCCUCUUUUCAUCACCCCACCCGAUCCUUCCUCUUUCCAUCGCCCCGCACCAUUCUUCCGCUUUUCAUCACCCCGUCCCAUUCUCCCUUUUUCCAUCACCCCGCCCCAUUCCCCCUCUUUCCAUCAGCCUGCCCCAUUCUCCCGCUCUCCAUCACCCCGCCCUAUUCUCCCUAUUUCUAUCACCCCGCCCCAUUCUCCGCUUUCCAUCACCCCGCUUUCCAUCACCCCGCCCCAUUCUCCCGCUAUUUCAUCACCCCGCCCCAUUCUCCCUCUUUCCAUAACCCCGCCCUAUUCUCCCUCUUUCCAUCAACCCGCAACAUUCUCCUUCUUUCCAUCACCCCACCCCAUUCUCCCGCUUUCCAUCACCCCGCCCCAUUCUCCCGCUUUCCAUCAACCCGCCUCGUUCUCCCGCUUUCCAUCACCCCACCCCAUUCUCCCGCUUUCCAUCACCCCGCCCCAUUCUCCCCCUUUCCAUCAACCCCCCCUAUUCUCCCUCUUUCCAUCACCCUGCCCCAUUCUCCCGCUUUCCAUCACCCAGCCCCAUUCUCCUUCUUUCUAUCACCCCGCCCCAUUCUCCCGCUUUCCAUCACCCCGCUCCAUUCUCCCACUUUCCAUCACCCCGCCCCAUUUUCCCUCUUUCCAUCACCCCGCCCAAUUCUCCCUCUUUCCAUCACCCCUCCCCAUUCUCCCUCUUUCCAUCACCCCGCCCCAUUCUCCCGCUUUCCAUCACCCCGCCCCAUUCUCCCUCUUUCCAUCACCCCGCCCCAUUCCGCCUCUUUCCAUCACCCCGCCCCAUUCUCCCUCUUUCCAUCACCCCGCCCUAUUCUCCCUCUUUCCAUCACCCCAGCCCAUUCUCCCGCUUUCCAUUACCCCGCCCCAUUUUCCCGCUUUCCAUCACCCCGCCCCAUUCUCCCUCUUUCCAUCACCCCUGCCCCAUUCUCACGCUUUCCAUCAUCCCGCCCCAUUCUCCGGCUUUCCAUCACCCUGCCCUUUUCUUCCUCUUUCCAUCACCCCGCCCCAUUCUCCUGCUUUCCAUCUCCCCGCCCCAUUCUCCCGCUUUCCAUCACCCCGCCCCUUUCUCCCGCUUUCCAUCACCCCACCCCAUUCUUCCGCUUUCCAUCACCCCGCCCCAUUGUCCCUCUUUCCAUCUCCCCGCCCCAUUCUCCCUCUCUCCAUCACCCAGCCCCAUUCUCCCGCUUUCCAUCAUCCCGCCCCAUUCUCCCGCUUUCAAUCACCCCGCCCCAUUCUUCCACUUUCCAUCACCCCACCCCAUUCUCCCUCAUUCCAUCAGCCCGCCCCAUUCUCCCUCUUUCUAUCACCCUGCCCCAUUCUCCCGCUUUCCAUCACCCCGCCCCAUUCUCCCGCUAUUUCAUCACCCCGCCCCAUUCUCCCUCUUUCCAUAACCCCGCCCUAUUCUCCCUCUUUCCAUCAACCCGCAACAUUCUCCCUCUUUCCAUCACCCCACCCCAUUCUCCCGCUUUCCAUCACCCCGCCCCAUUCUCCCGCUUUCCAUCAACCCGCCUAAUUCUCCCGCUUUCCAUCACCCCACCCCAUUCUCCCGCUUUCCAUCACCCCGCCCCAUUCUCCCGCUUUCCAUCAACCCCCCCUAUUCUCCCUCUUUCCAUCACCCUGCCCCAUUCUCCCGCUUUCCAUCACCCAGCCCCAUUCUCCUUCUUUCCAUCACCCCGCCCCAUUCUCCCGCUUUCCAUCACCCCGCCCCAUUUUCCCUCUUUCCAUCACCCCGCCCAAUUCUCCCUCUUUCCAUCACCCCUCCCCAUUCUCCCUCUUUCCAUCACCCUGCCCCAUUCUCCCGCUUUCCAUCACCCCGCCCCAUUCUCCCUCUUUCCAUCACCCCGCCCCAUUCUCCCGCUUUCCAUCACCCCGCCCCAUUCUCCCUCCCCAUUCUCCCUCUUUACAUCACCCCGCCCCAUUCUCUCGCUUUCCAUCACCCCGCCCCAUUCUCCCUUUUUCCAUCACCCCGCCCCAUUCUCCCUCUAUCCAUCACCCCGCCCCAUUCUCCCGCUUUCCUUCACCGCGUCCCAUUUUCCCGCUUUCCAUCACCCCGCCCCAUUCUCUUUCUUUCCAUCACCUCGCCCCAUUCUCCCGCAUUCCAUCACCCCACCCCAUUCUCCCGCAUUCCAUCACCCCGCCCCAUUCUCCCGCUUUCCAUCACCCUGCCCAUUCUCCCGCUUUCCAUCACCCCGCCCCAUUCUCCCUCUUUCCAUCACCCCGCCCCAUUCUCCCAAUUUCCAUCACCCCGCUCCAUUCUCCCGCUUUCCAUCACCCCGCCCAAUUCUCCCUACUUCCAUCACCCCUCCCCAUUCUCUCUCUUUCCAUCACCCCGACCUAUUCUCCCUCUUUCCAUCACCCCGCCCCAUUCUCCCUCUUUCCAUCACCCCGCCCCAUUCUCCCUCUUUCUGUCACCCCGCCACAUUCUCCCUCUUUCCAUCACCCUGCCCUAUUCUCCCUGUUUCCAUCACCCUGCCCCAUUCUCCCUAUUUCCAUCACCCCGCCCCAUUCUCCUGCUUUCCAUCACCCCGCCCCAUUCUCCCGCUUUCCAUCACCCCGCCCCAUUCUCCCGCUUUCCAUCACCCCAUCCUGUUCUCCCGCUUUUCAUCACCCCACCCCGUUCUCCCCCUUUCCAUCACCCCGCCCCGUUCUCCCGUUUUCCAUCACCCCACCCCGUUCUCCCUCUUUCCAUCACCCCACCCCAUUCUCCCGUUUUCCAUCUCCCCUCCCCAUUCUCCCUCUUUCCAUCACCCCGCCCCAUUCUCCCUCUUUCCAGCACCCCGCCCCAUUCUCCCGCUCUCUAUCACCCCGCCCCAUUCUCCUACUUUCCAUCACCAAGCUCCAUUCACCCGCUUUCCAUCACCCCGCCCCAUUCUCCCUCCUUCCAUCACCCCGGCUCAUUCUCCCUGCUUCCAUCACCCCGCCCCAUUCUCCCGCUUUCCAUCACCCCGCCCCAUUCUCCCGCUUUCCAUCACCCAGCCCCAUUCUCCCACUUUCCAUCACCCCGCCCCAUUUUCCCGCUUUCUAUCACCCUGCCCCAUUCUCACGCUUUCCAUCACCCUGCCCCAAUCUCCCGCUUUCCAUCACCCCGCCCCAUUCUCCCUCCUUCCAUCACCCCGCCCCAUUCUCCUGCUUUCCAUCACCCCGCCCCAUUCUCCCGCUUUCCAUAACCCCGCCCCAUUCUCCCUCCUUCCAUCACCCGCCCCGUUCUCCCUCCUUCCAUCACCCCACCCCUUUCUCCCUCCUCCCAUCACCCCGCCCUAUUCUCCCGCUUUCCAUCAGCCCGCCCCAUUCUCCUGCUUUCCAUCACCCGACCCCAUUCUCCCGCCUUCCAUCACCCCGCCCCAUUCUCCCGCUUUCCAUCACCCCGCCUCAUUCUCCCGCUUUCGAUCACCCCACCCCAUUCUCCCGCUUUCCAUCACCCCGCCCCAUUCUCCCGCUUUCCAUCACCCCGCCCCAUUCUCCCGCUUUCCAUCUCCCCGCCCCAUUCUCCCUCCUUCCAUCACCCCGCCUCAUUCUACCUCCUUCCAUCACCCCGCCCCAUGCUCCCGCUUUCCAUCACCCCGCCCCAUUCUACCGCUUUCCAUCACCCCGCCCCAUUCUCCCUCCUUCCAUCACCACGCCCCAUUCUCCUGCUUUCCAUCAGCCCACCCCAUUCUCCCGCUUUCCAUCUCCCCGCCCCAUUCUCCCUCCUUCCAUCACCACGCCCCAUUCUCCUGCUUUCCAUCAGCCCACCCCAUUAUCCCGCUUUCGAUCACCGCGCCCCAUUCUCCUGCUUUCCAUCACCCCGCCCCAUUCUCCCGCUUUCCAUCAACUCGCCCCAUUCUCCCCCCUACCAUCACCCCGCUUUCCAUCACCCCGCGCUAUUCUCCCUCCUUCCAUCACCCCGCCCCAUUCUCCCGCUUUCCAUCACCCCGCCCCAUUCUCCCGCUUCCCAUAACCCCACCUCAUUCUCCCACUUUCCAUCACCCCGCCACAGUCUCCCGCUUUCCAUCACCCCGCCCCAUUUUCCAUCCUUCCAUCACCCCGCCCCAUUCUCCCGCUUUCCAUCACCCCGCCCCAUUCUCCCGCUUUCCAUCACGCCGCCCCCUUCUCCCUCCUUCCAUCACCCCGCCCCAUUCUCCCUCCUUCCAUCACCCCGCCCCAUUCUCCCGCUUCCCAUCAGCCCGCCCCUUUCUCCCGCUUUCCAUCUCCCUGCCCCAUUAUCCCGCUUUCCAUCAACCCGCCCCAUUCUCCAGCUUUCCAUCACCCCGCCCCAUUCUCCCGCUUCCCAUCAUCCCGCCCCAUUCCCCCGCUUUCGAUCACCCCUCCCCAUUCUCCCUCCUUCUAUCACCCCGCCCCAUUCUCCAGCUUUCCAUUACCCGCCCCAUUCUCCCGCUUUCCAUCACUCCGCCCCAUUCUCCCUCUUUCCAUCACCCUGCUCCAUUCUCCCGCUUUCCAUCACCCCGCCCCAGUCUCCCUCCUUCCAUCACCCCGCCUCAUUCUCCCGCUUCCCAUCAUCCCGCCCCAUUCCCCCGCUUUCCAUCACCUCUCCCUCCUUCCAUCACCCCGCCCCAUUCUCCCGAAUUCCAUCACCCCACCCCAUUCUCCCGCUUUCUACCACCCCACCCCAUUCUCUCGCUUUCCAUCGCCCCGCUCCAUUCUCCCGCUUUCCAUCACCCCGCCCCAUUGUCCCGCUUUCCAUCACCCCGCCCCAUUCUCCCACUUUCCAUCACCCCAGCCUAUUCUCCCGCUUUCCAUCACCCCGCCCCAUUCUCCCUCGUUCCAUCACCCCGCCCCAUUCCCCCGCUUUCCAUCACCCUGCCCCAAUCUCCCGCUUUCCAUCACCCCACCUCAUUCUCCCUCCUUCCAUCACCCCGCCCCAUUCUCCCGCUUUCCAUCACUCCGUCCCAUUCUCCCGCUUUCCAUCACCCCGCCCUAUUCUCCCGCUUUCCAUCAACCCGCCCCAUUCUCCCGCUUUCCAUCACCCCGCCCCAUUCUCCCGCUUUCCAUCACCCUGCCCCAUUCACCCGCUUUCCAUCACCCCGCCCCAUUCUCUCGCUUUCCAUCACCCCGCCCCAUUCUCCCGAUUUCCAUCACCCUGCCCCAUUCACCCGCUUUCCAUCACCCCUCCCCAUUCUCCCGCUUUCUAUCACCCCGCCCCAUUCUCCCGCUUUCCAUCACCCCGCCCCAUUCUCCCGCUUUCCAUCACCACGCCCCAUUCUCCCUCCUUCCAUCACCUCGCCCCAUUCUCCCGCCUUCCAUCACCCCGCCCUAUUCUCCCUCCUUCCAUCACCCCGCCUCUUUCUACCUCCUUCCAUCACCCUGCCCCAUGCUCCCGCUUUCCAUCGCCCCGCCCCAUUCUCCCGCUUUUCAUCACCCCGCCCCAUUCUCCCACUUUCCAUCACCCCGCCCCAUUCUCCCGCUUUCCAUCACCCCGCCCCAUUCUCCCUCCUUCCAUCACCCCGCCCCAUUCUCCCGCUUUCCAUCAGCCCGCCCCAUGCUCCCGCUUUCCAUCACCCCGCCCCAUUCUCCCAUCACCCCGCCCCAUUCUCUCGCUCUCCAUCACCAUGCCCCAUUCUCCCGCUUUCCAUCACCCCGCCCCAUUCUCCCGCUUUCCAUCACUCCGCCCCAUUCUCCCGCUUUCCAUCACCCCGCCCCAUUCUCCCGCUUUCCAUCACCUCGCCCCAUUCUUCUCCUUCCAUCACCCCGCCUCAUUCUACCUCCUUCCAUCACCCCGCCCCAUUCUCCCGCUUUCCAUCACCCCGCCCCAUUCUCCCGCUUUCCAUCACCCCGCCCCAUUCUCCCGCUUUCCAUCACCACGCCCCAUUCUCCCGCUUUCCAUCACCCCGCCCCAUUCUCCCUCCUUCCAUCACCCUGCCCCAUUCUCCCGCUUUCCGUCACCCCGCCCCAUUCUCCCGCUUUCCAUCACCUCGCCCCAUUCUCCCGCUUUCCAUCACCUCACCCCAUUCUUCUGCUCUCCAUCAACCCGCCCCAUUCUCCCGCUUUCAAUCACCCCGCCCCAUUCACCCGCAUUCCAUAACCUGCCCCAUUCUCCCGCUUUCCAUCACCCCGCCCCGUUCUCCCGCUUUCCAUCACCCCGCCCCAUCCUCCCGCUUUUCAUCACCCCGCCCCAUUCUCCCGCUUUCCAACACCCCGCCCCGUUCUCCCGCAUUCCAUCACCGCGCCCCAUUCUCCUGCUUUCCAUCACCCCGCCCCAUUCUCCCGCUUUCCAUCACUCCGCCCCAUUCUCCCGCUUUCCAUCACCCCGCCCCAUUCUCCCGCUUUCCAUCACCCCGCCCCAUUCUCCUGCUUUCCAUCACCCAGCCCCAUUCUCGCGCUUUCCAUCACCCCGCCCCAUUUUCCCGCUUUCCAUCACCCCGCCCCAUUCUCCUGCUUUCCAUCACCCCGUCCCAUUCUCCCGCUUUCUAUAACCCUGCCCCAUUCUCCCUCCUUUCAUCACCCGCCCCAUUCUCCCUCCUUCCAUCACCCCGCCCCAUUCUCCCUCCUUCCAUCACCCCGCCCAAUUCUCCCACUUUCCAUCGGCCCGCCCCAUUCUCCCGCUUUCCAUCACCCCGCCCCAUUCUCCCGCUUUCCAUCACCCCGCCCCAUUCUCCCGCUUUCCAUCACCCUGCCCCAUUCUCCCGCUUUCCAUCAGCCCACCCCAUUCUCCCGCUUUCCAUCACCCCGCCCCAUUCUCCCGCUUUCCAUCACCCUGCCCCAUUCUCCCUUCUUCCAUCACCCCGCCUCAUUCUACCUCCUUCCAUCACCCCGCCCCAUUCUCCUGCUUUCCAUCACCUCGCCCAAUUCUCCCGCUUUCCAUCACCCCGCCCCAUUCUUCUGCUUUCCAUCACCCCGCCCCAUUCUCCCGCUUUCCAUCACCCCGCCCCAUUCACCCGCUUUCCAUCACCCGCCCCAUUCUCCCGCUUUGCAUCACCCCGCCCCCUUCUCCCGCUUUCCAUCACCCCGCCCCAUUCUCCCGCUUUUCAUUACCCCGCCCCAUUCUCCCGCUUUCCAACACCCCGCCCCAUUCUCCCGUUUUCCAUCACCUCGCCCCAUUCUCCCAUCACCCCGCCCCAUUCUCCCGCUUUCCAUCACUCCGCCCCAUUCUCCCGCUUUCCAUCACUCCGCCCCAUUCUCCCGCUUUCCAACACCUCGCCCCAUUCUCCCGUUUUCCAUCACCUCGCCCCAUUCUCCCAUCACCCCUCCCCAUUCUCCCGCUUUCCAUCACUCCGCCCCAUUCUCUUGCUUUCCAUCACCCCGCCCCAUUCUCCCGCUUUCCAUCACCCCGCCCCAUUCUCCCUCCUUCUAUCACCCCGUCAGUCUCCCUCCUUCCAUCACCCCGCCCCAUUCUUCCGCUUUCCAUCACCCUGCCCCAUUCUCCUGCUUUCCAUCACCCAGCCCCAUUCGCGCGCUUUCAAUCACCCCGCCCCAUUUUCCCACUUUCCAUCACCCCGCCCCAUUCUCCCGCUUUCCAUCACCCUGCCCCAUUCUCCCUCCUUUCAUCACCCGCCCCAUUCUCCCUCCUUCCAUCACCCCGCCCCAUUCUCCCUCCUUCCAUCACCCCGCCCCAUUCUCCCACUUUCCAUCGGCCCGCCCCAUUCUCCCGCUUUCCAUCACCCCGCCCCAUUCUCCCGCUUUCCAUCACCCCGCCCCAUUCUCCCGCUUUCCAUCACCCUGCCCCAUUCUCCCGCUUUCCAUCAGCCCACCCCAUUCUCCUGCUUUCCAUCACCCCGCCCCAUUCUCCCGCUUUCCAUCACCCCGCCCCAUUCUCCCGCUUUCCAUCACCCCGCCCCAUUCUCCCGCUUUCCAUCAGCCCACCCCAUUCUCCUGCUUUCCAUCACCCCGCCCCAUUCUCCCGCUUUCCAUCACCCCGCCCCAUUCUCCCUCCUUCCAUCACCCCGCCCCAUUCUCCCACUUUCCAUCGGCCCGCCCCAUUCUCCCGCUUUCCAUCACUCCGCCCCAUUCUCCCGCUUUCCAUCAACCCGCCCCAUUCUCCCGCUUUCCAUCACUCCGCCCCAUUCUCCCGCUUUCCAACACCCCGCCCCAUUCUCCCGUUUUCCAUCACCUCGCCCCAUUCUCCCAUCACCCCGCCCCAUUCUCCCGCUUUCCAUCACUCCGCCCCAUUCUCUUGCUUUCCAUCACCCCGCCCCAUUCUCCCGCUUUCCAUCACCCCGCCCCAUUCUCCCUCCUUCUAUGACCCCGCCUCAGUCUCCCUCCUUCCAUCACCCCGCCCCAUUCUCCCGCUUUCCAUCACCCUGCCCCAUUCUCCUGCUUUCCAUCACCCAGCCCCAUUCGCGCUCUUUCAAUCACCCCGCCCCAUUUUCCCACUUUCCAUCACCCCGCCCCAUUCUCCCGCUUUCCAUCACCCCGCCCCAUUCUCCCGCUUUCCAUAACCCCGCCCCAUUCUCCCUCCUUUCAUCACCCGCCCCAUUCUCCCUCCUUCCAUCACCCCGCCCCAUUCUCCCACUUUCCAUCGGCCCGCCCCAUUCUCCCGCUUUCCAUCACCCGGCCCCAUUCUCCCGCUUUCCAUCACCCCGCCCCAUUCUUCCGCUUUCCAUCACCCUGCCCCAUUCUCCCGCUUUCCAUCAGCCCACCCCAUUCUCCUGCUUUCCAUCACCCCGCCCCAUUCUCCCGCUUUCCAUCACCCUGCCCCAUUCUCCCUCCUUCCAUCACCCCGCCUCAUUCUACCUCCUUCCAUCACCCCGCCCCAUUCUCCUGCUUUCCAUCACCUCGCCCAAUUGUCCUGCUUUCCAUCACCCCGCCCCAUUCUUCUGCUUUCCAUCACCCCACCCCAUUCUCCCGCUUUCCAUCACCCCGCCCCAUUCACCCGCUUUCCAUCACCCGCCCCAUUCUCCCGCUUUCCAUCACCCCGCCCCAUUCUCCCGCUUUCCAUCACCCCGCCCCAUUCUCCCGCUUUUCAUCACCCCGCCCCAUUCUCCUGCUUUCCAACACCCCGCCCCAUUCUCCCGUUUUCCAUCACCUCGCCCCAUUCUCCCGCUUUCCAUCACCCCGCCCCAUUCUCCCGCUUUCCAUCACUCCGCCCCAUUCUCCCGCUUUCCAUCACCCCGCCCCAUUCUCCCGCUUUCCAUCACCCCGCCCCAUUCUCCCUCCUUCCAUCACCCCGCCUCAUUCUCCCGCUUCCCAUCAUCCCGCCCCAUUCCCCCGCUUUCCAUCACCUCUCCCUCCUUCCAUCACCCCGCCCCAUUCUCCCGAAUUCCAUCACCCCACCCCAUUCUCCCGCUUUCUAUCACCCCACCCCAUUCUCUCGCUUUCCAUCACCCCGCUCCAUUCUCCCGCUUUCCAUCACCCCGCCCCAUUGUCCCGCUUUCCAUCACCCCGCCCCAUUCUCCCACUUUCCAUCACCCCAGCCUAUUCUCCCGCUUUCCAUCACCCCGCCCCAUUCUCCCUCGUUCCAUCACCCCGCCCCAUUCCCCCGCUUUCCAUCACCCUGCCCCAAUCUCCCGCUUUCCAUCACCUCACCCCAUUCUCCCUCCUUCCAUCACCCCGCCCCAUUCUCCCGCUUUCCAUCACCCCGCCCCAUUCUCCCGCUUUCGAUCGCCCCGCCCCAUUCUCCCUCCUUCCGUCACCCCGCUCCAUUCUCCCGCUUUCCAUCACCCGGCCCCAUUCUCCCGAUUUCCAUCACCCUGCCCCAUUCACCCGCUUUCCAUCACCCCUCCCCAUUCUCCCUCCUUCUAUCACCCCGUCUUAUUCUCCCGCUUUCCAUUACCCGCCCCAUUCUCCCGCUUUCCAUCACCUCGCCCCAUCUCCCGCUUUCCAUCACCCCGCCCUAUUCUUCUGCUUUCCAUCACCCCACCCCAUUCUCCUGCUUUCCAUCACCCCGCCCCAUUCACCCGCUUUCCAUCACCCGCCCCAUUCUCCUGCUUUCCAUCACCCCACUCCAUUCUCCCGCUUUCUAUCACUCCGCUUCAUUCUCCCGCUUUCCAACAUCCCGCCCCAUUCUCCCGUUUUCCAUCACCUCGCCCCAUUCUCCCGCUUUCCAUCACCCCGCCCCAUUCUCCCGCUUUCCAUUACUCCGCCCCAUUCUCCCGCUUUCCAUCACCCCGCCCCAUUCUCCCGCUUUCCAUCACCCCGCCCCAUUCUCCCUCCUUCCAUCACCCCGCCUCAUUCUCCCGCUUCCCAUCAUCCCACCCCAUUCCCCCGCUUUCCAUCACCUCUCCCUCCUUCCAUCACCCCGCCCCAUUCUCCCGAAUUCCAUCACCCCACCCCAUUCUCCCGCUUUCUAUCACCCCACCCCAUUCUCUCGCUUUCCAUCACCCCGCCCUAUUCUCCCGCUUUCCAUCACCCCGCCCCAUUUCUCCCUCCUUCCAUCACCCCGCCCCAUUCUCCUGCUUUCCAUCACCUCGCCCAAUUCUCCCGCUUUCCAUCACCCCGCCCCAUUCUUCUGCUUUCCAUCACCCCGCCCCAUUCUCCCGCUUUCCAUCACCCCGCCGCAUUCACCCGCUUUCCAUAACCCGCCCCAUUGUCCCGCUUUCCAUCACCCCGCCCCAUUCUCCCGCUUUUCAUCACCCCGCCCCAUUCUCCCGCUUUCCAACACCCCGCCCCAUUCUCCCGUUUUCCAUCACCUCGCCCCAUUCUCCCAUCACCCCGCCCCAUUCUCCCGCUUUCCAUCACUCCGCCCCAUUCUCCCGCUUUCCAUCACCCCGCCCCAUUCUCCCGCUUUCCAUCACCCCGCCCCAUUCUCCCUCCUUCUAUCACCCCGCCACACCCCAUUCUCGCGCUUUCAAUCAGCCCGCCCCAUUUCCCCACUUUCCAUCACCCCGCCCCAUUCUCCCGCUUUCCAUCACCCCGCCCCAUUCUCCCGCUUUCCAUAACCCCGCCCCAUUCUCCCUCCUUUCAUCACCCCGCCCCAUUCUCCCUCCUUCCAUCACCCCGCCCCAUUCUCCCUCCUUCCAUCACCCCGCCCCAUUCUCCCACUUUCUAUUGGCCCGCCCCAUUCUCCCGCUUUCCAUCACCCCGCCCCAUUCUCCCUCCUUCUAUCACCCCGCCACACCCACCCCAUUCUCCUGCUUUCCAUCACCCCGCCCCAUUCUCCCGCUUUCCAUCACCCUGCCCCAUUCUCCCUCCUUCCAUCACCCCGCCUCAUUCUACCUCCUUCCAUCACCCCGCCCAAUUCUCCUGCUUUCCAUCACCUCGCCCAAUUCUCCCGCUUUCCAUCACCCCGCCCCAUUCUUCUGCUUUCCAUCACCCCGCCCCAUUCUCCCGCUUUCCAUCACCCCGCCCCAUUCACCCGCUUUCCAUCACCCGCCCCAUUCUCCCGCUUUCCAUCACCCCGCCCCAUUCUCCCGCUUUCCAUCACCCCGCCCCAUUCUCCCGCUUUUCAUCACCCCGCCCCAUUCUCCUGCUUUCCAACACCCCGCCCCAUUCUCCCGUUUUCCAUCACCUCGCCCCAUUCUCCCGCUUUCCAUCACCCCGCCCCAUUCUCCCGCUUUCCAUCAAUCCGCCCCAUUCUCCCGCUUUCCAUCACCCCGCCCCAUUCUCCCGCUUUCCAUCACCCCGCCCCAUUCUCCCUCCUUCCAUCACCUCGCCUCAUUCUCCCGCUUCCCAUCAUCCCGCCCCAUUCCCCCGCUUUCCAUCACCUCUCCCUCCUUCCAUCACCCCGCCCCAUUCUCCCGAAUUCCAUCACCCCACCCCAUUCUCCCGCUUUCUAUCACCCCACCCCAUUCUCUCGCUUUCCAUCACCCCGCUCCAUUCUCCCGCUUUCCAUCACCCCGCCCCAUUGUCCCGCUCUCCAUCACCUCGCCCCAUUCUCCCACUUUCCAUCACCCCAGCCUAUUCUCCUGCUUUCCAUCACCCCGCCCCAUUCUCCCUCUUUCCAUCACCCCGCCCCAUUCUCCCGCUUUCCAUCACCCCGCCCCAUUCUCCCGCUUUCCAUCACCCCGCCUAAUUCUCCCUCUUUCCAUCACCCCUCCCCAUUCUCCCUCUUUCCAUCACCACGCCCCAUUCUCCCGAUUUCCAUCACCCCGCCCCAUUCUCCCUCUUUCCAUUACCCCGCCCCAUUCUCCUGCUUUCCAUCACCCCGACCCAUUCUCCCUCUUUCCAUCACCCCGCCCCAUUCUCCCACUUUCCAUCACCCCGCCCCAUUCUCCCUCUAUCCAUCACCCCGCCCCAUUCUCUCGCUUUCCAUCACCCCGCCUUAUUCUCCCGUUUUCCAUCACCCCGCCCCAUUGUCCCGCUCUCCAUCACCUCGCCCCAUUCUCCCACUUUCCAUCACCCCAGCCUAUUCUCCUGCUUUCCAUCACCCCGCCCCAUUCUCCCUCUUUCCAUCACCCCGCCCCAUUCUUCCGCUUUCCAUCACCCCGCCCCAUUCUCCCGCUUUCCAUCACCCCGCCUAAUUCUCCCUCUUUCCAUCACCCCUCCCCAUUCUCCCUCUUUCCAUCACCACGCCCCAUUCUCCCGAUUUCCAUCACCCCGCCCCAUUCUCCCUCUUUCCAUUACCCCGCCCCAUUCUCCUGCUUUCCAUCACCCCGCCCCAUUCUCCCUCUUUCCAUCACCCCGCCCCAUUCUCCCACUCUCCAUCACCCCGCCCCAUUCUCCCUCUAUCCAUCACCCCGCCCCAUUCUCUCGCUUUCCAUCACCCCGCCUUAUUCUCCCGUUUUCCAUCACCCCGCCCCAUUCUCCCGCUUUCCAUCACCCCGCCCCAUUCUUCCGAUUUCCAUCACCCCACCCCAUUCUCCCGCUUUCCAUCACCCCGGCCCAUUCUCCCGCUUUCCAUCACCCUGCCCCAUUCUCACUCUUUCCAUCACCCCUCCCCAUUCUCCCUCUUUCCAUCAUCCCACCCCAUUCUCCUGCUUUCUAUCUCCCCGCCCCAUUCUCCCUCUUUCCAUCACCCCGCCCCAUUCUCCCGCCUUCCAUCACCCCGCCCCAUUCUCCAUCUUUCCAUCACCAAGCCCAAUUCUCCCCCUUUCCAUCACCCCGCCCCAUUCUCCCGCGAUCCAUCACCCCGCCCCAUUCUCCCUCUUUCCAUCACCCCGCCCCAUUCUCUCGCUUUCCAUCACCCCGCCCCAUUUUCCCGAUUUCCAUCACCUCGCCCCAUUCUCCCGCUUUCCAUCACCCCGCCCCAUUCUCCCGCUUUCCAUCACCCCGCCCCAUUCUCCCGCUUUCCAUCACCGCGCCCCAUUCUCCCGCUUUCCAUCACCCCGCCCCAUUCUCCCGCUUUCCAUCACCCCGCCCCAUUCUCCCGCUUUCCAUCACCCUGCCCCAUUCUCCCUCUUUCCAUCACCCCGCCCCAUUCUCCCGCUUUCCAUCACCCUGCCCCAUUUUCACUCUUUCCAUCACCCCGCUCCAUUCUCCCGCUUUCCAUCACCCCGCCCAAUUCUCCCUCUUUCCAUCACCCCUCCCCAUUCUCUUUUCCAUCACCCCGCCCCAUUCUCCUGCUUUCCAUCACCCCGCCCCAUUCUCCCUCUUUCCAUCACCCGGCCCCAUUCUCCCUGUUUCCAUCACCCCGCCCCAUUCUCCCGCUUUCCAUCACCCCGCCCGCUUCAUUCUCCCGCUUUCCAACACACUGCCCCAUUCUCCCGCUUUCCAUCACCCCACCCCAUUCUCAUUCUUUCCAUCACCCCUCCCAAUUCUCCCACUUUCCAUCACCCCGCCCCAUUCUCCUGCUUUCUAUCACCCCGCCCCAUUCUCCCUCUUUCCAUCACCCCGCCCCAUUCUCCCGCCUUCCAUCACCCCGCCCCAUUCCUCUCGCUUUCCAUCACCCCGCCCAAUUCUCCCGCUUUCCAUCACCCCGCCCCGUUCUCCCGCUUUCCAUCACCACUCCCCAUUCUCCCUCUUUCCAUCACCCCGCCCCAUUCUCCCGCUUUCCAUCACCCCGCCCGCUUCAUUCUCCCGCUUUCCAACACACUGCCCCAUUCUCCCGCUUUCCAUCACCCCACCCCAUUCUCAUUCUUUCCAUCACCCCUCCCAAUUCUUCCUCUUUCCAUCACCCCGCCCCAUUCUCCUGCUUUCUAUCACCCCGCCCCAUUCUCCCUCUUUCCAUCACCCCGCCCCAUUCUCCCGCCUUCCAUCACCCCGCCCCAUUCUCCAUCUUUCCAUCACCCUGCCCAAUUAUCCCCCUUUCCAUCACCCCGCCCCAUUCUCCCGCCUUCCAUCACCCCGCCCCAUUCUCCCUCUUUCCAUCACCCCGCCCCAUUCUCCCGCCUUUCAUCACCCCGCCCCAUUCCUCUCGCUUUCCAUCACCCCGCCCAAUUCUCCCGCUUUCCAUCACCCCGCCCCGUUCUCCCGCUUUCCAUCACCCCUCCCCAUUCUCCCUCUUUCCAUCACCCCGCCCCAUUCUCCCGCUUUCCAUCACCCCGCCCGCUUCAUUCUCCCGCUUUCCAACACACUGCCCCAUUCUCCCGCUUUCCAUCACCCCACCCCAUUCUCAUUCUUUCCAUCACCCCUCCCAAUUCUUCCUCUUUCCAUCACCCCGCCCCAUUCUCCUGCUUUCUAUCACCCCGCCCCAUUCUCCCUCUUUCCAUCACCCCGCCCCAUUCUCCCGCCUUCCAUCACCCCGCCCCAUUCUCCAUCUUUCCAUCACCCUGCCCAAUUAUCCCCCUUUCCAUCACCCCGCCCCAUUCUCCCGCCUUCCAUCACCCCGCCCCAUUCUCCCUCUUUCCAUCACCCCGCCCCAUUCUCCCGCCUUUCAUCACCCCGCCCCAUUCCUCUCGCUUUCCAUCACCCCGCCCAAUUCUCCCGCUUUCCAUCACCCCGCCCCGUUCUCCCGCUUUCCAUCACCCCUCCCCAUUCUCCCUCUUUCCAUCACCCCGCCCCAUUCUCACGCUUUCCAUCACCCCGCCCCAAUCUCCCUCUUUCUAUCACCCCGCCCCAUUCUCCCACUUUCCAUCACCCCACAAUCCUAGAUAA